UAUUGGAUACUUUAACCGGGUAAUGUAAAUUGUAUUAUGACUUAAUGCUCAGCCAAAUGAAUUGGUUAAAUUCUAGUUCAAUUUUGGGUUAUGCAGUCGUGGGGACACUUAUUUUCCUGUUAACAAUAACACUAUGCACAUGCUGCUUUCGGAGAAAGUGUAAAAAGAAAACUGUAAGAAUGUACAGCAUUAUCGAGUCUGGUGACAACUCUGAGGACGAACUGAUGUAAAUAAAUUGUAGCUAACGUGGUGAGCCUGAAACUAUUUCAACUUCAGUAUUGACGAAAAAACCAGAUGGCUAUAUCCAACCGAGUAUAUCUGGUUAAAUAUUAAACAAAUAAUGACAAUAUAAACUGCUAGAGUAAUGUGUAUCUGAAAUCCUGCGAUUAUAUUUUGCCAAUAAAGUGAAUUAAAACAAGUAUCACUUUCA